CAACAGGUGCAGCAAAGGAAGAAAAUACUAUGUGGGGGCCAUGGAUCCUAUGUGCUCUUUGAACAUGACUUUGCUACAGAAGUACCCAGAAGCCAGGAGUUGGAACUAUGGUGCAACUGAAUGAAAUGUCAUGACUGGAUCCACAGGAAAACAAUACCUUCUGGAAAGCAAAAGGAGCACAUGGAAUGUUAGCACAUGAUAAUCUUUUUCGUGAUAAUUACUGGAUCACAGAACCUUAAUUAUUCUCAAUGUUACAAUGUAUAUACGACAACUUUUUGGCCGAUAACUCAUCAGUGUUUAAAGUAUCUUUAAAACAAAAUAAUAAAGCAUUAGCUCUGGCUUUGAGUGUGGAGAGAGAAAGUUCUCGGAAGUUGAAGAAGGAGAAGCUUUUUCUUCAGAAGGAAGUAGAAAAGCUGCAGCUUCAUAAUACCUUGCUUCAUCGGAAACUAAGCUGUUUGAAUAAAACUCUUGUAGAAAUAGAAGCAUUUUUGAAUGAUAACCUUUUAGCUGCAAUAGAAAUAAGCAGUCUUCCUGAGAAUCUUCAGAGUUUUCUUACUCUGACAGAUGGUCCAAGUAACUGUACUGAUGAUCAGUUGAAGAGUACGUCUCAGUCAGCUAGAUCUGUAGAAUUGCCAGUGAAACUUCCUUUACUCACAGCUUCUACUGGAAAACAGCGGGGUAGCCCUUCUGUGUAUGAAAUAACAAAUUCUUCUAAAAGUACCACUACUUUGUCAAAGGAAAUGCAUUCAGAUCAGGUCAAGUUUGCAUUAUCAUUGCCUUCUGAUAAGAAUAAUCAAAAGAUAAAUGAAAUAGACAAGGUGGAAACAAACAAUGACAAAAAUAUAGUUUUAGAAGAAAAUCAUUUACACGGAGAACUAAACUGCAAUAGUGCAUUCCUGACUCAUAUCAAUAAUACUCAAUCUCUAAGACAGUCCGAGGAGGUUAUAAAACAAAAUAAUGAUAUUUCAUUGCCGUUCUGUGGAAAUGUGCCUGAAAGAAGGAACCGUGCAGCACUUUAUAGGUCAAAACCUCAACCUAAUAUAAAAGAUUUUGAUAAAAAAUGUAUCUCAGAUAUGCAUCAUCAUGGUAGCAGCAGCAAAACCAAUUACAUGAAUUUGCAGGAAAGCUCAAGUGACUUGUCUCACAUUAUUCCUUCACCUCUUGAAUUUAACAGUGAAGGUAAGAUAGAGUUUAAGUCAAUGCUGCUUAUUGACAAGGCUAAACCUGAGGAAACUGUAUAUGAUGCUGAUAUGGACUUGACUGCCAGUGAUGCAGGUGAGCUGCUCACAGUUACAUCAAAAGACAAAGAUAAAUUACAUCAAAAUAAAAACAAUAAUGCCAAUUCUGAUAAAAUAUUGGGAAAUUUCAGAAGAGUAAAAUAUUCUAAAAGUGAUAAAGAGAAAAUUAAAAGCAAGACUGAAGUCAGUUCAGAUUUGUAUGCAGAAGAAAGGCACGCCAGGGCUGACAAGAGCAAAGUUUCAAAAACUACUGAGUCACAAACUCAGCUAUUCCAAAGUCAGACAGAACAGCAACCUACGAAGAAAUCUUUACAGAAGCAGAGUUUGCCAAAUACUAAUGACUAUUAUGAAGUACAAAAUUGUCCAAGUAAAACUGGAGAUACUAGAAGGACAUGCCUUGUUAAACUAGCGCAUCCAAGAAAACAAGAAGAGAAAAAUAAAGAAACUUUCUCAGAAACAUCUGAAGAAUUGGAAAGCAAAAUAAAAGCAGACUCAGGUUCAUCUAAUAGCAAGAUUCCACCUCAAGUUUAUUGUGCUGAAAGUUUACUGUUUCAGGAUAACACCUCUAAUGUAUUACCUUUGCAGCAGGAAUUUCUAAGUGAAAAUGAGAAGCAUAUCAGACCACAAAUAAACAGGAAACCCCUUCAAAACCCUUCUAAAAUAAUCACAGCAAAAUGCUGUGGAGUGGAAAAUGGGCAGUAUGGAGAAUAUGGUUCAAAAAAGUCUCAAAUAGAGAGGUGCCAAGAUGACAGCAAGAAAAAACAAGACCAGAAGAAUAUUAUAAAGAGUAAAUGCAACAAAAAGAGUAGUAACAGACAAAGAGAAAAUAAUAGUGUUCAUAAAAUUACUGAGAAAGCACACCGAAACAGUAGUAAUUUUUCACCAGGCAGAUUAAAACAUACGUUGGCAAAGGCUAGCUGUAAAGCAUAUAUAAUGCCAACAAAAGAUCUUACACAGUUCUCACUUUGCAAAAGUGAAGAAUUAAAAAAUAAGGAUGCAUUGUGCACACAGGCUGCUCAUGGAAAUAAAAUAACUGAAACUCAGCAAUCUCAGGUAGCUUUAAUUACUCAGAAUGGUGUAGCCAUGAAUAUACCACAGGCUAAAGCCUCUACACAAGUUGAUGACAAUGUUAAUGCAUUAAAGGGGGUAGAUUCCUCAUCAGUGACAUGCAAAACCCCUAACACUAGUAAUUCUCCUGAUAAUCAAGUAAAGAACAAAGGGAGCUUUACUUCUGAUAUUACGGAGACCAGACCAGAAAAAAAUUAUUUCAGGCGUAUUGAUCAGGAACAGCUGAACAUUUUGGAUGACCGCGAAGUCCCUCAUAAAAUAGAUUCCUUUAUGAGCAGAUUAAAGCCUACAGUUGAAAAAUCAGAAUAUUUAAAUUUCAUACCUGUAGAUUUUUCUAAGAAUAUGUCAUUAAAUACAGGAAGCCUAUUCCAGGAAGAUCUUUCCAAUUUGGAGCUCCAAGCUCUUGAUAACCCUAAAUUCCAUUCUUCCAUCAACCUCUCUAUGCUGAGAAACUCUGAAAUUUUGGGGAAAAAUAAUCAAGAUAAAGCACUGGAUGUUGGGAAAGCAGAGCAAAAGUUGGAUCAUAUUUCUAAAGAGACUUUUGAAAAGAUUCUGACACCUGGUCAUGGGAGAACAGCUUUUCAAGAUCUGACAAAUACUAGUAUAUGUCCUCAUACUUCUUUACCUACAUGCCCUAAAGUUUUAGAAGAAAAUUCAGCAGCACCAGUUAGACGAGGAGGACCCACUAUUUGCUACAAAGAACCUGGUCUAAGAUGCAAAUUAAGGCGUGGGGAUCAGUUUACAGAUACACAACUUCUGCAUUCCCCAGCUUAUAAAGUAAAAAAUAGAAGAAGUUUUAAAAGUAAAUCAAAAAUUAUUUGAAGAAGACAGGAGAAUUGCCUUUAUGAACAGUACUUCUAAAAUGGGUACUUUUUUUUUCAAAAAAAAAAAAUAGUUCAGUAGUAUAGAAUGCUUACUUGGUUUUGAUUGAUAGAGGUAAAACAAAGCCUUCCAAAGUGAAAUUUCUUGGAAAGGAUUCCCUGUAUAAAGGACACAGAAUUCUUCACUAAGGAAAGCAAAUGCAGGUUAGACUCCAUUCUUGUGUUUUACUUUUUUGGUCUGUAAUUUAUAAACUGUUCAAAGGGUUUGCAGCACUUACUAAUUUGU